AAAUUCGCCUCCGAGCUGGCGAAAUUCGGCGUCUCGACCAAAGCGGACGGCGUGCAGCGACUCGCCAGCGACCUCAGCGCCGCGCGCGUCGCCCUACAGCUCGAGGGCGAUGGCCCUGUGUCAUCCUCCGUCUUUCAGUCGCCCGACGACAUCCCGAACUACACGCAGAAGCUCGCCGCCUACCUGUCGCUCGUCAAGGGAUUCACGGAAUCGCGGCAGAACAAUGCAGACGCAGCGCUGCAGGCGUCGGUACCGGUAACCGAUGCACCGGUUGGAAAUGCCUCGGCCAGGGACUGCAGCGGGUGUCUCAACUUCUGCCGGUGGCAGGACGCACUCACGGGGCAGACCGUGUACGCCACGAGUGCGAGGCAAGAGUACGCGCAUGUGCUGCUGGCUGCAGGCAUCUUGAUGAUGGCGGACGCCAGAGACAAAGUGGAUGCGAUUCUGUCCGAGAGACUGUCGGAGCUCGACGAGACGCAGCUCAAGCUCGCGUAUCAGCUGCUGCUACACGCGGCCGGGGUGUUGGACGCGUCGUUGGACGCAGCAGAGGACCUGGCGAUGCUGAAGCGCGUUCCAGAUCUCGCUGACGGACGCUUCCCGCAGUUGCUGGCGUGGAUUGCACUCACUGAGGCGCAGGAGCUCGUGGUGCUGCGUGGAGUCACUCGAGAGGUCGUGGACUUUACUCUAAUGGCCAAGCUAUCCAUGGACAUUUCCGCGCGAUACAAAGAAUGCCAAACUAUCGCGUCCAGGCUGCUGCCUUACUCGACUUCGACGACGGCCGAGCGCGUUCGCCUGUAUUGCGCUUACAAAGAUCCCUAUUACCAAGCCAUAUCGACGUAUUUCCAGGGCGCCGCGUGCAUGUUGAAAGAAGAUGCGCGAAGCUGCGUGCAGGCCGUGGCCAACUUUAAGAAGGCAGCAGCGUUCUUCGAAGGAGUGGUGCCACUUGAGAAGAGCUACGAGUCGAAGAUGGCAGCGAACAAAGACGAAAAACAGCGUGUGGCCCUGUUAGCAGCCGUGUUUCUCCGGUCACAACAGAUCAUCAGUCGAGAUCUGGACAUCGUCUCCCACCGCAACGACAGCGUCUAUUACGAGCCGGUAAGCAAAGAGUCUGCGUGCAAUGCGCUAAGCCUCGUCAAACCAGCAGCUUUCCCAUCGGUAACCACGAGUGACCUGUGGCGUGAUGGCGAGGUGGCAAAUUGCCUGAAGCCUGCAACUGCUGGUCCAUCGGGGGACGCAGCCGGGGGUCAGCAGCAACAGCAAACGCAGAGCAGUCGGCCUCGUGAAGGAUGUUGCUCAAGCUGCACAAUUUCAUAG